AUGAUUCUUAAACUUGUGAUUUUAAUUAUUUUGGUGAAUUUUCGGCCCAGUCUCGGUCAAUUUUUGAGUUGUAAUUACAGAAAUAAUGACACUUACGGAUAUACUUGUGAUUUGACAAUUCAAAAUCCAAAUGGAUUAAACAAUUUUGCAUCGAUUGGUGGAACUCAUUUAACAGGAAAAACAAACAAUGAUGUUCGGAGAGUUUUAGGAUUAAUUGGUUCUAAUACAACAAAUGUUCCGUCAAUAAUUUGUGACAAAUUUCAAAAUUCUAUUAACGUUGAAUUAUAUUCAGUUGGAAUUAAAACGAUUGAUGAUAAAGCAUUUAAAAAUUCUUUAAAUGUUAUUUAUUUACACAAUAACAAGCUGAAAAUUACUCAAUCUGAUCCAUUUCGAAGUUUAUUUAAACUUAAAACAAUAUACCUUCAACAAAACCAAAUUGAAGCGAUUGAUGAAAAGGUUAUUGAUAAUACUGGAGUACAAAGGUUAGACAUAACAAACAAUCUUUGUGCUAAUCAAAAUAUCUUCGAUAAUUCAACCUCAAGAAUGUCAAUGAGAUUAGCAUUGCUGAACUGUUUUAAAAAAUUCGACGAUUUGCUUCCAGCAAGAGUCCGCAAACUUGAAGAGGAGCUUUCGUUUAUUGUUUCCGAAUUUGAAGAUCAAAAUCAGCAAUUAACUGCAACAACAAAUCAACUUCAAGUCAAGGUUAACAACCUCACUGCAGAAAAUAUCAAAAUCCGCUCAGAAAUGCAAAACAUUACGAAAGGAAAUGAAGCAAUCCGAACAGAUGUAGCCAAUCUAAACACCCGCGUGGACACAAUCUCUAGGGACCAAAGUACACUUAAAAAUGAGGUAAUGAAUCAAACUUUAGUCAUCACUGAAAUCAAAAACGAAAAUCAAAGACUUACUAGCAUUACUCAAGAAUUGAAAGAUCAGAAUCAGGAGCUUCGUUCAGAUGUUGAUGAUAAUGGUAGGAAAAUUGAGGAAAAUCAGAAAAUUCUCAUAAACAAAACCGCUAUUUUGGAGGCUCAAAUUAAUGAUCUAACAAAUGAGAAUAGAAAUCAAAGCUCAAUCAUCAAAGAUCAAGGAUUAAUAAUUGCUGACAUUCAAAAUGAAAACCAGCAACUUCACGAAGGAGCAGCAGAAAUAAAGGAUCAAAUUGUUGCCCUUGUCAAGGAAAAUGAGGCUCAAGGAACAUUAAUUGAAGAAUUAGAUUUAUUAGUAGAAAAUCAAGGAUUGAUAAUUGAGAGUCAAGGGUCAAUAAUUGAAAGUCAAGGAUCAAAAAUUACAGAAUUACAGGAUAACUUAGAAGACUUAAAACAUUUAGUUUAUGAGCUAUCAAACCGUCCAUGUGCUUGCAAGUAG